CUUUCUCUUCUCUUUCUCUUUUUCUUUUCUCUCAUUCUCUCUUCAUCCUCUCCCAUUCUCUUUCUCCUGUUCUCAUUGCAUUCCACUUCGUUAGUAAGUGCAAUCACACUUCACACUUCACACUUCACACUUCACACUUCACACUUCACGCUCUCCUCCAUUUGCUCAUAUUGCUGUAAGCAACGGCUCACUCUUCUUUUCUUACUCUCUUAAUUCCUUCUCCUCUUCCUCUCUUCCUCUCUCUCCUUCUCUUUCGUCUUAGCUUCUCCCUUUCACACAUACACAAGCAUUCUUGGCAGUAGCCAUGAUCACAUCAUUAAGGCAUAGCCUUUUGGCACUGUUGUCGAUCCUCGCACUGUCUUCGACCUUUACAAAUCCAGUUCAAGCACAUUCCACAGCAUUGCCUAUAAUCACCCGCUCAGAACAUGUCCGCAGUCUACGCCACGACAUUCUGCCAAGGAUAGCAUCCUAUACUCUUCACAGAGACCAGCCACUUGCAAAACGGACGAUCGACCAGCGCCUCACCGCCUCUCCCGAAAUCAUUACCAAAGAUGACACAAUCCGACUUCAAUUUAAUGCUUUCAACACUACUUUUCAUCUCUAUCUUGAGCCCAAUACGGAUCUGAUUCAUCCCGAUGCCGACCUGGGACCUGAUAACAUAUUCGAUGAUAUCAAGCCUUUUAAGGGCGUCGUCAUUGAGGAUCAGCAAUAUUCUGAUCAAAAGUGGAAACGAGCUGCAACAACAUCACGAAUAACCAAGAGAACAAUCGAACACAUGCAAUAUGAGGAAGGUAUUGUUGGUUGGGCACGAAUGACAGUCGAGCAUGAUGCUAACAGUGCGGAUAAUCUUAUACUCCGAGGAGCAUUCAUGGUCAAAGGCGAUACCUAUCAUGUCACAACAAAGAAAACCUAUCAUGUUCAAAAGCGAUCUGAGGACGCAUUACCUACAGCCGCUACAUCCUUCGAUUCUAGUCUCAUCAUCUUCCGCGACUCGGAUCUCUACAGACCUGCUCUGCUCGCAAAGAAUAAGAGGGGACUGAACGCUGAGAAUGUCGUCUGUGGAUCGGACCAUAUGCUCAACAAAACAGCUUCCUAUAUAGAAGCCACUUCAUCUCAUGGCUAUUAUUACCCACCUGAUGUGUUAACGACGGUCCCUAUGGCUAGAGGCUCAGACAUGUCAUCCUCGUGGAUGGACGUGCUGACCUCGCCUCUCACUAAGCGUCAAGUUACCGUUCAAGCUGCAGGACCAAAUCCUGUUCCCGAGGGCUGUCCUACUAACCGUCUCGUUACUUAUAUGGGUGUUGCCGCCGAUUGCGCCUACGUUCGCGAGCAUGGAGGACAAUCAGAAGCAAGAAAACAGAUAUUUGCCAACUUCAAUACUGCCUCUGAGAUUUAUGAAAGUACAUUUAAUGUUGCAUUGGGGAUCAUUUCACUAAAUAUCAAAAGCGAAAACUGUCCGACCACCCCAGUUGCGGGUGAAGAAUGGAACCAGGACUGCUCACCUUCAUACUCUAUUGACAAGCGUCUGAGUGACUUUAGUCGCUGGAGAGGCGCGGAUGAUCGUCCAAGCGAUGGGGCAGGAUUAUGGCAUUUGAUGACAAAGUGCAAUACAGGAGCUGUGGUUGGGAUCGCAUGGACAAAAGCUCUUUGCCAGGCAUCAUCACAGCGUCAGGGCACAGGAGUCUCGUCAUCUACACCCACAGAAUGGAUGGUGGUUGCACAUGAAAUCGGUCAUGGAUUUGGAGCUAUUCAUGACUGUACGGCUCAAUCAUGCCCUGCUGACAUUGGACAAUGCUGCCCACUUUCCGCCACGACCUGUAACGCCGGUGGACAGUACAUUAUGAAUCCUUCUGAACAAUCAGCUACGCGUGUUUUCUCACCCUGCAGUAUCAGAGCCAUUUGUGGUACUAUUCAAAGUUCUUCUGGGCGAUGCCUUCAACCUCCAGGCACUCGUCAGACUCAGAAUGGUGAAGCCAAUAUUUGUGGCAAUGGAAUCAAAGAGACUGGGGAGGAUUGUGACUGCGGCUCACCCGAGGAGUGUGCCAAAGAUCCUUGCUGUGAUGGUACGACUUGCAAGUUCAAGGCUGGCGCUGUUUGCGAUGAUUUGAAUGACGACUGUUGUCUGAAUUGUCAAUUGCGACCAACAGGAUAUGUUUGCCGUCAGGCUAUCUCAGAAUGUGAUAUCCAGGAGGUCUGUUCUGGAACAAGUGGGUCUUGCCCUGCCGAUGUGAAACUGCCCGAUCUGACACCAUGCAAAGGCUCUAAUAAUGCAACAGGACUUCAAUGUGCUAAUGGGGUCUGUACUUCGCGUGAUCUACAAUGUCGCCAGCAGGAUCGACAAGGCAUCACCAAGCAAUGUGAAGCCUCCAACUCCUGCGACUUGAUGUGCAACGACCCAAGCGGAAGCGCCUUGAGAUGCAUGCAAAUCCCUGGAACUUAUUUUAUCGAUGGCACUCCCUGUGGGUUUGGAGGUACCUGUUCUGGAGGUAAAUGCGCUUACAGUAAUGGUAUCAAUGGUGUCCUAAACUGGGCCAAAAACCAUCUAUCGAUUGUGAUCCCAGUAGCUUGCGUUAUUGGUCUAAUCUUGCUUUGUUGUAUUUGGGGCUGCUGCUGCUCUGGAACAUCGAGGCGUCGGCGACAGAAGAAGAUGACGCGAAGACCAUCAUCUGUGCUCAGACCCAGCGGAUCAUUCCGUUCUCGAACGGCUCCUCUUGGAGCACAGCAUACAGGUCAGCACUAUCCAAUGGGAGCUCUUUCUCCGCCCCCACCUACAUACCACGAUCCAUCAAUACUUUUGCGAAAUAGAGAAGAACAGCAACUUCAGCGGGCUCUUGAGGAAAGUCGCCGCGAAUACGAAACGCACUCACACACCCUAAAUGACAGAGAAUCUAAUAACUUUCCCUCAAUGCCAGAACCACAAUCGCAAUCGCAAUCGCAAAAUGGUGCAACUGUCGUCUCGACACCCGUUGUGAGGACUUCGCCACUGCCAGCAUUUGACCAUACCAAUGGUGCCGUUGUUCCUGCUACUGUCUAUAAUAAUAACAUUAUUAGCAAUAACAGCAGCAACAAUCCUUAUCUCAACAGUAAUAGCCAUAGCCAAAGUACCAAUCCUUUUGUAGAUCAGCCUUCACAGAUACCUUCAGGUGGACAUAUCUAG